UCAUGGCAAUACCAGAGAGGCAAAAAGCCACCAAGAUCCUCAUCAUCAACGACUCUUCCCCCCUAGUCAACCUCCCCGCAACGACUUUCCGCGACAACAUCAGAUCGUUUCUCACAGACUACGCCGAGACUCAAGAUUACACCCUCGACAGAAACAACACCAUCGUCUCACAUCUCUUCCUUGCCAGCCAAGCAACCGGCGUGGGCUUCCCUCUCUUCGUCAUCGAAGAACAAAUCACAGUCGGUUCCUCUCCUCCCAAUCCUCUCUGCGAUUUCUGUAGAUGCGUCGGUUGGAGUCAUCAUUAUGUAUCGAAGAGGAAGUAUCAUUUGAUAAUCCCUGCGAGUGAUGAGUGGACGAAGCCGUUAAAGAAAGAUAGCUUGGAGGUGAAGUCUUCUUCUUCUUCUCGUCAUUUGCUGCAUGGUGUGAUUCACUGCAAUGGCUUUGGUCACUUGAUCUGCAUCAACCGUGAUGGUGUUUCUAGUUUCAUCUCUGGCGACCAAAUCAUGGAUCUUUGGGACCGCCUUUGAUCAGCUCUUCACACCAGGAAGAUUUCACUGGACGAUACAUCAAGGAAGAGAUCAAUGGAUUUGAGGCUGCUCCAUGGUGUUGCAUACGGUCGCCCAUGGUUUGGGAAACGGCAUUACACGCUGUCUCAUGGAAACUUUGGGGUCAGAAAAGAUCAAUAUACUCGAGCUAUCCUCAUUCUCAUCUCUAUGGAACUUGACAAGAUCAUCAUGGAGAUACAAGAAAAGAGACCGAUGAAGAUGAUCAUCGGUUUUUACAGAGAAUCCAGUCAAACCCCAUUGGUCACCCUUUCUGAGUUGCUUCAGUUCAUGCUUGCCUUCGGCUUCAGGUCCAAAGCUCCCAGUCAAAGAAAGACUGCAAUAGCACUAGCAGCAAUCUCUUCAAGUCCAGUUCCUGGAGAAGAUGAUGAUGAGGACACUUCAGAUACGAGUCGCCCCACUAAGUUGUAUGACUCGUUCGAUGCUCUGGCUGCGGGAGAAGGCUGUAAAUGGUCUGGAGAGAGGUUGAGUGAGACAGCACAAGCGGCUCUCAAUGCGUUUAAAGACCGAAACAGCGUCUUAACUCGCCAAGAGCUUUUCCAAGCUAUUAUUAGUGGUAGCAGUCGUGAUAGAGGAAAGAUUAGUUUCUUGCUCAAACACAUUGACAAAGUGCUAAUGGGAGACCAAAUCAUUCAGAGGUUCAAAACUACAGGAUCACAGAUGUUCCUAUUCUCCCUCAUCAAACUCAAUCAAGAAGCGAAGCAGCAAAAGGCAUCAUCAACCACUCCUGGACUGGAUCCGUAUCAAGACAUUAUGUAUCUGUAUCGGAAACUCUUGUUAACGUAUCCUUAUUCAGAGGUAUACAUCGAUGCGUCUGAGGUUAUCUUGAACUGCAAGUGCUUUGUCAAAGAGUGGCCAUUACCGUCUCACCAGGAACAGAAGUUUAUAACAGUAAGCUGCCAAGUUCUGCCCAAUCACGAAGAGCUACUCAGAGACUUGACCCGGAAGUUACCUCCUGGAGAGCUCGUGAUGGUUUCUCAAAACGCAACCAUCAGAGAGUUGAAAUCUGCUGUAGAGAAAGCUCUGAGGGACACUUACUGCGUAAUGGAGAGUUUUGAAGUGUUGGAGAUCAGAAACAAAUAUCUUGAGAAGAUAGAUGAGAACUCUGGUCUAGAAUCCGAAGGUGGUGAGAUUAAGAGAGAGUUUCUGGUGACAGGGUUUGGUCUAAACACAUGGACAGAGCUUAGGUAUGAAAGUGGGUUUGAUAACUGGACCGUUGACUGCAGAUGAGGAGCUAUAGAUGAUGACGGUGAGAGAAUGGUGGCUUGUGAUGCUUGCAAGGUUUGGCACCACACUAAGUGUCAUUCCAUAGAAGACGAUGAAGAUGUGCCUUCGGUGUUUCUCUGCUACAGGUGUUGAGAUUGCUUGGCGUACAAGAAACGCAGUGUCGCCAUUCGCUAG